AUGUCACAUACCAUGGAUUCUUUGGAUCAGAUUAUUUACAAUGAUACAUUACAGACAACGAAACCAGUUACAGAGCCAUUUGAGUACUUGUUAAAGCAACAGGGGAAGCGGGUGAGGACACUUCUAAUCGAAGAGUUUGGUAAAUUAUAUGAGGUACCGAAACCGUCUAUAGAUGCCGUUAGCGCCUUCAUCGAUGAGCUUCAUACCGCCAGCUUAUUAAUAGAUGACAUAGAGGAUAAUGCAGAGCUCAGAAGGGGUCAUGUAGCAGCUCAUAAAAAAUAUGGUAUCUGGACCACUUUGAACAGUGCUCAAUGCGCAGUUUAUGUUUCUAUUUCGAAGUUGUUGGCUAAAGAGCAUGAACCAUCUUUGCCAUCAAUUAUCAACGACGAACUAAUACGGCUUCAUGUGGGACAAGGUCAGGAUAUAUACUGGAGAGAUGAUGGGAUUGUUCCUAGUGUGAACGAGUACUAUGAGAUGGCUAAGAACAAAACUGGAGGAUUAUUUAGGUUAAUGGUGAGACUUUUACAUGCCUUGUCGAAAAAAGAGCUUGCACAGAAAUAUGAUCUUAUACCGUUAGCUAAUGCAGCUGGGAUCUUGUAUCAAAUACGAGAUGACUAUUUAAAUCUAUUCUCCAAGACAAUGUUUGAACAGAAGGGAUUCGCUGAUGAUCUAACCGAGGGGAAAUUUUCCUUCCCAAUAAUUCAUGCCAUAGCUAGUUCAAGGAAUGAAGGUGAUAACGAUGAUUAUGUCCUUAAAACAGUUUUAUCAAGGCCUUCAGAGAUUCGUACUAAAGAGAAAUUGCUCAGUUAUUUGGAGCACCAGACAAAGUCUGGUGAAUAUACCAGACAGGUUAUCCAAACUCUUGCACAAAAAGUUACUACUGAAUUGGUUCCAAAGGAGCUUUCUUCAGUUAAAGAUAUAUUGUCGAAACUCUCCCAGUUAGACUAA